AUGUCGUUCAGAGUCGAGCCUGAGAAAGCUUUACUCAUAAAAUGGCAUCAAACGGAAAAACAAUUCGAAAGAAUUCAUCUUGAUUUCGCUGGACCAUUUAAGGGUCACAUGUUUCUCAUAUGUAUUGACGCUCAUUCCAAGUGGCCGGAGGUCUUCAUAAUGAACACAGAUGCUACGUCUACAAUUGAAGCACUUAGAGAAGUAUUUGCUCGCUUUGGACUUCCUUCUCAAAUUGUUACUGACAACGGUGCACAAUUUACGUCUAAAGAAUUUGCAGUAUUUUGUAUGAAAAACAAGAUCAAACACAGCACAUCACCAGCAUUUCAUCCGUCAACGAACAGUGCAGCUGAGAAUUUUGUGAAAACUUUAAAAACGGCUUUAGCCAAAUUGAUGAAGGACCCCAAGAACAAAUCGGCGUCCAUUAAAACUCUUCUCAAUAGAUUCCUGUUGGCUUACAGAACUACAUCUCAUUGUGUAACCGGAGAAACCCCAGCAAAGCUGAUGUUUAGCCGCAAUGUUAGAACAUUAAUAGAUUUAAUAAAGCCAGCGUUUAAGAAGAGGCAAAUAGAAAGUCAACAAGAGCAGUACAAGGGAACUCGCGAUACAUUUUUUAAUGAAGGAGAUUCUGUUAUGGCUCGUGAUUAUCGAACGCUAAAUAAGAAAACAUGGGCCCCUGCUGUAAUCGCGGAAGUAUUAGGCUCACGUACAUAUCCAGUAAAACUUAGAACUGUAAUAAGUUAUGAAGAUAAAGAAAAAUUGCAAUCUGCCCCUUCUGUUAUUCAAAAUAAUGUUAAGAAGCCUUUGCAGGAUGGCACCAAUAAACCAUCCAGCGCUUGUAGUAACAGCAAUAAGGCAGUUAUAGCUCCUCGUAACAGCAAAAGUACCAGCCGAUUGCCAAUAUCCCUAAACGAGAGGAAUAGGAACGAAAAGGAGAAAAGCGAAACGAUCACAUCUGAGAAAGCUGUGGCUAAUGCAAGCCAAAAUAAUAAUAUUCACUCUGAUAUAACAUUACAAGAGCAAUCAGCAGAGGGAUUGAUGUCUUUGUUACGAGAAUUAGGAAUGGCGUAUCAGCACUUUCAGAAAUACGGAUUUAUGAAUGUUAAAAUUAGAGCUGUGCGCCGCCAUGCCACGCCGCUGCCGCCGGUGGAACUAGAUACGCCGCCGCCGCCGAACAUUUAG